GAUUAUUAAACUUCGAUACAAACGAAGGCGAAGAUGUCGCAGGCAUUCUUCUCCUCCGGGCACGUGAUCCUUCCGGCCUCACGUGUCAAGACGUCGUCUUCCGUCGGCCUCCACCUCCCAUCAUCGAACGUUCACUUACUUCGCCGAACGAACCACCGGCUGCAGCCGCGGUUACGGUCUCUAACACCGCCUAUCAGGAGCUGUACUAAUCUCUUAUUUGAUAUCAAAAGUGGAAAAGGAAUGAGUGGAUUUCAUGAGGUUGAACUCACAGUUCGAGAUUACGAAUUGGAUCAGUAUGGAGUUGUGAACAAUGCCGUCUUUGCAAAUUAUUGUCAACAUGGUCGUCAUCAACUUAUGGAAAAGCUUGGCAUAAGUAUUGAUUCAGUUGCUCGAACUGGUAAUGCGAUAGCAUUGUCAGAUUUAUCACUCAAAUUCCUUGCACCUCUGAGAAUUGGAGAUCGGUUUGCUGUAAGAGUGAGGAUAUCCGACUCUUCAGCUGCUCGUAUCUACUUCGAACACUUCAUUGUCAAAAUCCCAAAUGAAGAGCCCAUUCUGGAGGCACGAGGAACCGCAGUUUGGCUUGACAAGAACUAUCGGCCAAUUCGUAUUCCACCAGAAGUGAGAUCCAAAUUCGUCCAGUUCAUUCGUCAUGAUGAUUCCAAAUGACAUACAAUGUCGUAUGUACCCGGGUUUAGUACUCGAUACCACAAUUUUUGUAACAUGAGGUAUCUUGUACGAUAAAUAAUAUAUUUUUGUCACAUAGAUAACACAAAAAUUUGAGUCCCUAUUCUUGCUAUAUUUAGUCCUUUUCAGUUUCUAACAUUGUCUUAUGAUGUGUUUCAAGGUUCAUUUUCAAUCAUAAGUGUACUUGUGUUUGUGCUA